AUGUCUAGCGUCUACGUCUCAGAAAAGGAGCUACCUGCCUCUGCCGUCCUACAUAUCGCCUUCUCACCACAUCAGAGGAACAUGCUGGCGGUCGCUUCUUCAGCAGGUCAUCUCUUCUUCUACGACCUUGCCCUCAAAACGAGCGAAGGUCCGCGGCUUGUUACUCGAGCUCAUAAGAUGAUCUGCCGGCAGGACUUGUUGGUCCUCUACCUGGCUUGGCACCCUACUAAAGCCGAUACAGUCGCCGUGACGUUGUCAGAUGGCAGGGUAUGCUUGUGCACGAGCACCGUUGCCAGCAGAAAUCGUCUUUGGCUUCAUCAUGGAAGCGAGGUGAGUACCUUCAGGACCGCUAAGCAUACGCUUGAACCAUGGGUACUGGCGUUUAUGGACGGAGCGAAUGGUGAGCAGGGGGGCAGGGUAUUGUCUGGAGGCGAUGACAUGGUGAUGCAACUGUCCCAAGUUGUUACUAAAGACGACAAGGAGGUUGGAGAGACGUUGUGGCGGGAUAGCAGAGUGCAUCAGGCGGGUGUCACGGCUUUGUUGCCUUUGGGUACGGAUCUGGUGCUGACGGGGAGUUACGAUGAUCAUAUUCGGCUCGUAUCAACACCGACAUCUGGGAGACGUGUUGCACUUGCUGAAUUGGAUCUCGAUGGCGGUGUUUGGCGACUCCAAGUUUUGCAAGACACUGCCGAUACUGAUGCAGACGCCGAUGCGGACGCUUCUAUGACCGUGCCAUCAGGUGAAAUCAUUAGCAGAAUCAUCACCAUCCUUGCAAGCUGCAUGCACGCCGGAACGAGGAUCGUAAGGCUGACCCGACAGCGUCCUCAAGACAAUAGCACCGAUGAUGAUCAGUGGCUGUUCGAGGUCGUGGGGAAGUUCGAAGAGCAUGAGAGUAUGAACUAUGGCAGUGAUGUACAACCUACUGCUGAGGAAAGCAGUGUUAAGACCAUUGUGAGUACGAGUUUCUAUGAUAGGAAACUUUGCUUGUGGCGCUAUGACCUGAAGGACGCAGUCUUAGGGUGA